UGCUUUGAAUAUGUCAUUGCUAAAGUAUAAAAAAAUGUAGUACUAUGUGCAGAUACUUUAACGGUCAUAGAAAAUUUAUUUCUAACCAACAAGUGUUUAAAGUGAAAUCAGCGAUACUUUGAUGUUAAAAUUUGGACAAAAAAGAAAACCAUUUUUAAAUGAAAUGAAUAAAUUAAAAAAAAAAAACAAAUGAAAUAACAGAGUACAAUGUUUGUGUGCGAGCAUCUAUGUGUGUUAUAAACUAACAUAACAUGUCAAUAAUACAACCUAUUCUCUGUUAAUGGCAUAGUAAUGGAAAAUAAAAUAAAACAAAUAUAAUCGAAUGUUGUUUUUGCAUUUCAAAAUCUAAAUAAAAAUAACAACCUUGUUACACUCGCAUAGCAAUGCAUCAAUCGGAAAAAUCUCUAAAAUACGUCUACAAAUCGAGUUGAUAGUUUUUCCCAUAAUGCGUGACACCAUCGCACGUUGCCAUCGCAUCCAUUGAUGCGUGGUAUAAAUCAAAUUUGAAGUCUUCUUCUUACGAAAAGGGAGGAAACCCAAAACAAAAAAACAGAUAUCAGAGUACAAACAUAAAAAUAAACACACACUGCCAUAAAUUCCUACCAUAUCUCAAACAUCGCGAUCAACAGCAAACACAACAAUAAACAACCACUAUCCCCCACUGCCACAACAACGUCAUCAUCACCUUUUUUAUCAUAUGCUCAAAGUAUGGCACUGUUCUUAACUCAUCUCUUGUGAAUUUUACAACAUUUUUCUGUGAUAUAUUUGGCUUACCUGUUUGUUAAAGGUCUUAACAGAAAUAACCAAAACAAAACACAUACAACCAACCAGUUUGAACAAAUUAUUCCAUUAACCAUUUUGCCUUAAUAUGGAUAAAUUUUUAAAUCGUUUUCGAACCACCAAAAUUCCGGACGAUCUGAAUGAUGGCCUUGAGACACUGGACGAAUAUCGAACACGUUGGCGCUCCGUGCGGGUGAUUUACUUUACCAUGUUCCUGAUGUCCUUGGCCUUUAGCAUUAUACUCACGGGCAUUUGGCCCUACCUGAACAAGCUAGAUCCUUCUGCCGGCAAAGAAUUUAUGGGUUUGAUAGUGGCUGCCAACCCUUUGGGUCAGAUGGUUUUCAGUCCACUCUUUGGCUGGUGGAGCAACAAAAUAAAGUCAGUACGCAUACCCAUGGUCUGUUCAUUGACUCUGUUCACUGUGGCCAGUGCGAUCUAUUCAUCCCUGGAAUUGCGACCUGAUAAUGUAAAAUAUUGGAUGUUAAUGUCACGCUUCCUAAUUGGUGUCAGUUCUUCAAAUACAGCAGUUUGCCGCUCCUAUUUAUCGGAUGCCACCCGUCUAAGCGAACGCACUAAGGCUGUUUCCAUGAUAUCGUUGGCUCAAGUUUUGGGUUUCAUCAUUGGACCUGGACUGCAAGCCUUGGCCACACCCUUGGGUUCGAAUGAUCUAACGUGGUUUGGAGUGGGUAUUAUUUUUAAUAUGUAUACCGCAUCGGGAUGGAUUAAUGUUAUAAUGGGUAUUGGAAAUUUAAUCAUGUUUAUGCCAUCGAUAUUUGAGGAACGUAAAAUUGCAGCCCGUGAAAUUAUGAUAAUGCAGGGAAAAACUUCUGAAAAAGAAACCUGGAAAUCCAUAAAACCCGACUAUAUAUCCGCUUGGACCCUGAUAGUGGCAUUCUUCGUGUUAGUCUUCAAUUUUGUGUUAUUGGAAACUUUGGGUACUUCUUUGACAAUGGAUCAAUUUGCCUGGUCCAAUGAUGAAGCCUUAUACUAUAUGGGUAUACUUAUGUCAGUGGGCGCCAUAGUGGCUCUAAUAACAUUCGUGGCCAUUAACCCAUUGUGUAAAGUUUUUCCCGAACACCAAGUUUUAAUAUGGGGAGGUUUCUCUCUGAUGGUAUUAGGGCGAGUUCUAUACAUACCUUGGGGUGAUGGACCUCCGAAAAUCGCCGAGGUCUACAAUGUAACCAUACCACUGACGGGAAAUUCAACUUUGGACUUAACACCCGACGAUGAAAUCUUUCUUGGUUGCCCCAAAACUCAGCAAUGGUGUGAGACCACACGGGCUUUAACUCUGACUCAAUUUAUUAUUGGUUAUGCUUUCACCUCGAUUGGAUAUCCUAUUGGUGUUACGCUUAUACAGACGAUAUUUUCAAUGGUUUUGGGACCAAGGCCGCAGGGUGUAUGGAUGGGUCUCAUGACCGGCUCAGGAUGUUUAUCAAGAGUAUUAGGCCCGGUAUUUGUAGGUUCAAUUUACACAAGGCUAGGAACCAAUUGGACAUUCGGUUUCACCGCAAUAAUGAUGUUAAUAUCCAUGCUAUGGUUAUUAUGCUCAAGCAAACGAUUAAUACCUCCAACAUAUGACGCCCCAGAGCCAGUAGAGUUGAGAAUUCUCAAAAAGAACCCUGAUGUUGAGCAAAAUGGCGCAGCUUUAAAAAGUAGCGGCUUUCCAACAAUUCGAGCUGAACAAAAUGGUAACAGAUCUUCGUUGCCCUAUAUCGAUGCCGAUGUUGUGGAAUCAAAUGAUAAACCCUUACAAGAUGAUUCUCAAUUGCUGCACGAAAGUAAACCGGCGACCAUUGUUGGCCGAAAGAGUGAUAUUUGAUUACUGAAGAUUUAUUAAUUUUAAGGUAUUAAGAAUGGUUUUUGUGCAAUAAAUACUACAAUAAGGAGCCUAGAUAAUCUUUUAUAAUAUACAAAAUUUUUAUUACUUUUUUAAUAAGAAAGCAUUUUAAAGAUAUUUAACAUAGAAAAAUAAGUUUUUUUUUAGAUGCUUUAGUUAUAAAGAAAUCUGCAGUCCCAGACCAAGUCCGAUAAGAUAUAACCAUCCUAGGUCUUUAAAUUCUAAUUCGACAUUCCCCAUUUGUGUACAACAUCCAAGAUAGCCGAUUCAAAAGCCUUUUGUCUGGAGCAUCUUCUGUCAUUUCGUUUUCAAAACCCUGAUGAUUACAGAACCUUAUAAUCGGUUACUUAAAAAAUCAUUAUAUAAAUAGACUGAGUUAACGUCAGUGUAGACAAUUAGGCUUAGGCCAGGAUCGAGUGUGGCUCAUGUCAAUGCGUUAUCAAGUAAGGAUUUCUAUUGUAAGACCAUUGCUUCAAUAGGAGGUGAGGAUAUUGAAGGUUAAACUUGAGAAUGAUAGUAUGGAUAGAUACGCAAUAGACAAUAAAAUAGUCUGCGGAAAGGAUCGAGAAAUGGAACGGAAGAUUGAGUCAAGAGUUCUAUAUAUAAGGCUUAACAACAAGAGGUGUUAUUAUAACGCACCCGGUGUAGUCCUGAUAGCGUGGUGAUGGUGGCCAUUUGUCUGAUGUUCUUUUUCAUUAACGGCAUACCGUCCUCUUUAUUAUGUUAUAAAUAUCCGAUAAUUUAUCUAAAAAAAUAUUUGUUAGUUAUUUAAACUUGCGAAUGGUGCUAUGGAUAUAUACGCAAUAGACAAUGGAGUAUUCUGCGGAAAGGAUCGACAAGUCGAUUGAGUCAAGAGUUCUCUAUACCAGUAUGGUCAUGUAAGAGCGGUCGUGGUGGCCCUUUGACUGAUGUUCUUUUUCAUUAACGACAUACCUUCCUUUUAAUUAUGAUAUAAACAUCCUAUCAUUUAUCUCAAAAAAAAAUUAAUGUUUCUUUUAGGACCAAGGUCAUUCUCCCUCUAUAUCUGAUCAUGCUAUAAGGAGGUAAAUUUGCUAUUACUUUAAUUCAUGGAUCAAAUCUAGUGACAUUGUUAUGCUAGAUUUCUAAGGGGUAUCUGCCUUUCAGUGGGAACUUUCGAUUCAAAAGUGACGAGUUUAUUGUAGACUGCGUUACAAACCUAAGAGUGUUAUACGUAAGAGUAAAGUGCGACAUAUUUCCAAGAUUUUAAAUGGCUUAAAUUCAAGUGGAAUGUGGAGGGUACUUAAGGAUGUGUCGAAGGUGAUAAGGGUGAUAUUGAUCUUAAUGUUUAUGAUCUCAAUCGAUUUUUCGUUGGUGACGAAAAUCGUGACUGUGAGUAUGAUUUCGAUAACUUUGAGGAAGGGACCGAAUCAUUCUCAUUUCGUUCUAUAACUGAAUUUGAAUUGCUUGAGGCUUUAUGUAUGGUUAAAUCGAAAUCUGUUGGCUUAAAUAACAUACUAUCUACAUAUACGUUUCAUGAAGAUCAUUUUUCUGUAUAUUUCUGAUAUAUUGUUGUGUUUUUUUUUUUAACUUUAUGUUGAUGAGAUCUGAAUUUCUAUCAGCUUGGAAAGUUGCUCGGAUGGUGCCGAUUUCGAAGAAUAAUCCGGAUGAAUAUCGCCCAUUUCUAUUAUCCCUGCUAUGUCGAAGGUUAUGGAGCAUCUUCUCAAGAAGCAAAUUCUUAAGGCACAUUAUUCACAGAUUUGUGAGGAUCAAUAUGGCUUCCGCGAGGGCUUCAAUAGGACAUCGCUGCUUUUAAGGAGGAAAUUAAUGAGAACAAGUUUUGCUCUCUGUUUGCAAUCGACUUCUCGAAAGUUUUUAAUUCUAUUGAGCAUUGUGUUUUGAUACCCAUAUUAAAAAGCCAACUCAAUUUUUUAAAAACAGACAGACAAAAACAUAAAACAAGCUAUUGUCACUGUUAACUGCAAACCCUUUUUUACCCUUUUUAACACUGUUUGGUGGUUAUCGUUGUUCAUCGGGUUUACUGGAAGCUAGUAUUAACGAUUGUCUUGGACAGAUAUUGCAUUGGACUUCUGUUAAAACAUCCAAGAUCAAUGCUUUUAUGUUUGGAUCUUAUGAUCAUAACAUCUUUGAUUUGAAUAUUGUGAUGAACGGUGUUCAAAGUGACCCUCGAUUCGAGGGUCACAUUUAAUUGGGGUUCAUUCAAAAGAAUUUAUGCUUCAAAUAUUUACUUGCUUACUUCUGUUAGGAAAUGUCUGUUAGGAAAAUCUUCAAGGUUAAUGUAUAACCUCGAAGAUUUUUCCGGUACUAACUUAUUUCAUAUAGCGUCGAUUAAACUGAUCGUGCGCUUUGUUUAUAAUGUUAAUAGGCGUGACCACAUUUAGAUUUAUGUACAGCAGUUCCUAUGUUGUCCAUUUGAUGAUUUCCUUAAAAUCCGUUUACUUCUUAUGUUCCAUAAAAUCAUCAAAUGUGGGCGACCGCUUACUCUGUAUGAAAGCUUUAUGCUUAGUAAGUCAACCAGAAAUCCGCAAAUAGUGAUUCCUAUAUGAAGUCGUUGGUAGUUAGAGUUGCUCGUUGCUGGAAUUAUUUGCAGUGUAACAAUGUAUUCCGCCUAAAAUUGUUAGAACAUUUUAACCGUUAAGUACCUGCCCCUUAGUUGCAAUUGACUUUUGAAUAUAUGUACAUUUAAGUUAACAAGACCGACUACCUUCACUGACCUAGUUAAUUUCUUUUGGCAAUUAUACUUCAAGUAUGUUCAUAAAUAUGUAUAUUUUUGUGUAUUACGUCUGCGGUGCCAAUUUUUCUACUUAUAAAUUUUUUAUUUAGAUUUUAUUUAUUACUGUUUUCAUAUCGUAUAGAUACUUUUACUCAGAUAG